UCACUUGCAUAACACACGGAACCAAAUUCUGAGCUGAGAUUACCGUCAUCUCAUCUGAUUCCUUUUUGCGUAGAUUUCCAUUAUGGCGUCCCAGCAAGACGGUCCUCCCGUGGACGAAGGGCCUAUACCUUUUUUUUCUGGCCCUGAUGAUAAAGAUCCGUUCGGAUCGCUGCAACCGGCAGCUGCUCCUCCGCAACCCAAGCAGACUUUACCGCCAAAGCAAGAAUCCGCACCUAAUGCAGGAAUUGCCACGGUGGGCGACGCAAGCGCAUUGUUUGGAAAUACUCCAGCGCAAGACCAGUCCAUCUUUUCUCCAUCUAAAGAGACUUAUCAACCAUCUCCGGCUAUUGAAGCCUCGCCUUUUGGAGGACAAACCUAUUCCGGCAGUAAUAAUGAUUCUUUCUUUGAUCAGACCAACCCAUCCUCCUUCUUUGAUGCACCUGCUCAGUCUGCUGAUGUAACCUCUCAGCAACACUACGGUCACAACGGAAUGCAACCCGGCGAUCAGCAAGUUCCCAACUAUGGUACUCCGCUCCAACAACAAGGCUACAGCCAACACGAUGCUUACCAGCAAGUACCUUCUGCUGACCAGUCUUACGAUCAGCAGCAAUAUGCAUAUGGUAAUCAAUAUGAUCAAGGCUCCGCCCAUUCACAUCAGCAGCCGGCUGGCUACUCCUACGAACAGGGAAAUAUGUAUACGCCGCAUAAUCAGCAGCCUAACGAUGCGUAUGAUGGGUACACCACCCAUUCUGCUUACGAUCCUGCAGCAUACCAGCAAUCGCAACAACAGGCUUCAUAUGAGGUAAGUACUUAUUUCAAUUCAUAAGCAGUACGGAGGCUCCUAUCAUACUAAGUAAUAUCAGUCUUACGGACAGCAUAACCAAGAACAACCACCGGCUAGCCAUGAUCCAUAUGCUCCACAGGACCAU